UUUUGUUAUUGCAUCAAAGAAAUUUUUUUGCUCCUUCUUUUUCUCGGCAUAUAUUACAUAAUGGCUGCACCUUUGACUCACCCCAGCAUCAAGGACGGAUGGUUCAUGGAAAAGUCCACCAUGUGGCCCGGUCAGGCCAUGGCUCUCAAGGUGGAAGAGAUCCUCCACGUUGAAAAGUCCAAGUUCCAGGAUGUCCUCGUUUUCCAAUCCUCCAACUAUGGCAACGUCCUUGUUCUUGACGGUGUUAUUCAGGCUACCGAGCGUGAUGAAUUUUCUUACCAAGAAAUGAUCACCCAUCUUGCCAUGAACUCUCACCCUAACCCCAAGAAGGUCCUUGUCAUUGGUGGUGGUGACGGUGGUGUGCUUCGUGAAGUCAUCAAGCACGAGAGUGUUGUUGAAGCCACUCUCGUCGAUAUUGAUGAAGCCGUUCCCCGUGUGUCCAAGAAGUAUUUGCCCAACAUGGCCAUCGGUUUCGCUCACUCCAAGGUCAAAGUUCACAUUGGUGAUGGUUUCGAGUUCUUGAAGGACAAGGUCAACCAAUACGAUGUUAUCAUCACUGAUUCCUCGGAUCCCGAUGGUCCUGCCGAAUCUCUUUUCGGUGCCGACUUCUUCCAGCUUUUGAAGAAUGCUUUGACCGAAAAUGGUGUGUUCAGCACUCAGGGUGAAUGCAUGUGGCUCCAUCUUCCUCUUAUCAAGAAGGUCAAGGAUUUCUGCAAGAACCUUUAUCCCCAGGUCGAAUAUGCAUACACUUCCAUCCCCACCUACCCCAGCGGUCAGAUCGGUCACAUCCUCUGCUCCAAGAACCCCGAGGCUAACCUCCGUGAGCCUCUUCGCAAGUUCACUCCCGAACAGGAAGACAAGCUUUGCCGUUACUACAACUCGGAAGUCCACAAGGCCGCUUUCGUCUUGCCCCAGUUCGCCAAGAAGGUUUUGUAUGAAUAAGUUCAUCACAAUAAACAAAAAAAAAAGAAGGAAAAUUUAGACCAACAAUUCUUUGUCCUCCAUGCGUUUGAUCGCAGAAUAACUGGCUCAGCCAUUUGCAUUGUAUUGUUUUUACAUGGAUAAAUGAAACUGUCAUCUUGUUGUCAUUUAUGCUGCCGAUAAAGUCCGUCUUUGCCUUGAU